CUUUAACUGGCAAAAACUGAACAUUAUGCGGUUUGACGUUUUUCAAUAGGUGACGCCUAAGAUGUCCAAUAUGAAACGAGUUCAAAAAGAGAUCCUAGCAAUAGAGCAAGACAAAGAAGCCCAUAUUGAAGUCAUAUUACCAGAAGACGGGAGUAUGAACCAUAUGACGGCCAAAAUAUCUGGCCCAGUCAACACUCCAUACGAAGGCGGGCUUUUCACGGUCGAUGUUUCUGUGCCUCCAGAGUACCCGUUCUUGCCACCAAAAAUGAAGUUUGUCAGCCGAGUGUAUCAUCCCAAUAUAUCAUCUCAGACUGGCGCUAUAUGCCUCGAUAUCCUUAAAGAUAAAUGGACUCCGGUACUGACCCUAAAAUCAGCUCUGAUAUCUCUUCAAAGUCUUUUGUCCACUCCUGAACCUGAUGAUCCUCAGGAUGCACAAGUGGCUGCGCACUAUAAAAGGGAUAAAGAAGAUUUCGAACAGACGGCAAAAUACUGGACGGAAGUCUAUGCGAACCCCAAUGCUGAAGUACUCCCAGAUGGCGUCAAACCAGAAGCUUUAGCACGGCUAGUUGACAUGGGAUUCGGACGGUCAAACGCUAUCAAUGCAUUGGCGGAAUUUAAAGGAGACGAACAAGCCGCAGUUGAAAGCUUACUGUAGAAAGAGGCGCUAGAUCAACGAUGCGUACAUUUCUUCUUUAUUGCAGUGCAAAGUUCAGUUUAGGAAUAGAAGAAGAAAAGAUGGAAAGGCUCUUCAAAACGUUUGAUUGUUUUGCAUUCCAAUUUUAUUUUAUUUUUUUAAAAAACAGCUCCUAGCAAAGUAAAGUAUUUCCAAUUGAAUUUUGCCAGAGCACGACUAGCAAUG